CCCCCUCCCGGCCUUCUCACCUCUCUUCCUCCCUCUCUCUCAUCCCUUUCUCUCCUCGUCCACCUGGAUCUCUCCUUCAACCUCCUCUCCUCCUUCCCUCCCUGCCUCCUCACCCUCCCCCUCCUCUCCACCCUCCUCCUGGGUCACAACCACCUCACUGAUCUCCCUCCCUCCUUCGGUCCUCUCCCUGCCCUCCGCUACCUCUCUCUCCUGGGGAAUUGUCUGGCCUCUCUCCCCCCCAGCCUGGGUCAGUUGAAGACACUCCACACCCUGGAUGUCUCCUAUAACCUCCUGGAGACAUUACCUGAGGAGAUCGGUGCGCUGGAGGAGCUGGUCAAACUGGAGCUGUCACACAACAGGCUAAAGAGGCUGCCUGAGACCAUGGGCUGUCUCCUGUCUCUCAGGGACCUGGUGAUCCACAGUAAUGACCUGCGUGUUCUCCCCGUCUGUCUCUGUCUGGACAAACUGGAUAAGUUAAAGAUAGACGUAAGGAACAACCCCCUGGGAAGACCCCCUACCCUCCACCACUACCACCCACACCUGGCCAGGUGGAAACACGCAUUCCAGAGUUACACCUUGGACCUAAUCGAUACAGGUUCUGUGUGUCGUCUGCUGGUUGUCAUGUGUUCCUCCCAGGGGGAGCGGAGCUACUGUUUCCCUCGGGGCCUAGCAACCACCACCACGCUGCAGUGGGCGGAGCGUAGGCCAGACAGGAAAUGGGUGUGGCUAGAGGAGCAUGACUUCCUGCUGAGUCGACCACUGGAACUCCUCCCACACGGGAUCUCCUUUUUAAAGCCAGUGGAGGUGUGUGUACCGUACCACCGGUCCAGGAAAGGGGAGGUGGUUGUGAGGAGGUUUGAUGGACAGCAGUGGAGUACACUAUCCACUGAGACCAGAAGGGGCAGUAUAGGACACAGCAGUCACCCCGGAGGCCGUCCUGCCAGGCUGGCCUGCGUCUCAGUGAGACAGUUCUCCUGGUUUGUGGCAGUGGGUCGUCCAGUCAGGGACAGUUGCUCUGUGACACCAGAGGGGGCGCUGUUGGUGUCACGUUCAGACGCAGGCAUCAAACUGACCUUCCCCCCGGACUGCACUGUUCAGACCCGCACCAUCACUCUACAGGUGCUACAGGUGUCUGUCACUGAGGUCCAGACGUUGUGUGGAGACCCUCAGGCCAGAGUCAGUCCCCUCCUCUGUCUCUCUCAAGACCCCAGCAUCCAAUUCCUCCAGCCAAUCAAGGUGCAGGUUCCUCUGCCAACUGGACUCACUGGUCAUACAGUAGACCUGUCCUGUCUCCACCUGCUUCAUGGAGACCCCAGCGCCCACACCUGGACAGACAUAACCUCACAGGUGUCCCUGUACGUCACACAGCUCUACGCCAUCUUCUACAUCACUCACUUCUCCUGGUACUGGCUGUGGUACACUACCCAGCGCUGUGUUAGCGGGGUGGUCCGUAGGGUCUACCAGAGACUGAAGCAGUUUCAGGUCCAGUUCCUGGUGCUACAGAGGAGAACAGACCCCAAACAGGUUCUGCUACAGUGCCUGCCUGCUGACAAGGUGGACAACAGAGUACAGUCUCUGUCAGAGCAGUACGAUGGGCCACAACCCUCAGACCUCUGUGACCUGUUGGAGGGAGAGCAGUUCUUCGCUGGCUUCGAGAGGGGCCUAGACGUCAGCGCAGAUAGACCAGACUGUGCGGAAGGGAGACUGUCGUUUGUGUUCUACUCUCGGUUGAAGAAUCUCAAAGAGGUGUACGUCUGUCCAACACAGAAGCAGGAGGGGUCAAUCAGGGGCCAGGUGUCUUUCUAUCGAGGGGAGGUUCCCAGUGACAUACCACAGGAAGUGGCCAGGAAAAGGAAAGGACACGACAGCCAAUGGCUGGCCACCUUACCACUCAGACUUCCUGGCCUAAACUCAGAGGGUGGUAGUAAUGGUAUGGACUGGGAGCAGCCUCAGUACCCUCCGCUGAACCUGGGCGACCCAGAGAGCGGGUACCUGACUGAGGCUAACCUGCUGGCCAUCUCCCUGCAGAUCGGACAGGACUGGAGGUCCAUUGGCAUCAACCUGGGAAUCAGCUACCAGGAGCUGGACCGCAUGCAGUACAAAUACAGAGACAACCUAGGGGCCGUGGUGUUGGAGAUGCUGUUCCACUGGGCCCGGGGUCAGCAGCAGGAGGGUGUUGGGUUGCGUUCCGCUGGAGGUCCAGGCCAGCAGGGUAUUGGUGCAGUGCCCAGGUUGAUAGAUGCCAUGGUGGAGAGUGGCAGGAGGGACUUGGCUGAGGAGAUUAAAGACAUAGUGAGGCUAGGAACCCGGAAGUAUAAUGAGUCACUGAGGAGGGUGGGCCUAGAAGAGGAAGAGAAGAGGCAUUCAACAGACACAGAUCCCUCACCUUCACACUGAACCAACUGACAGAGGGAGUAUAGAGAGUCACUGAGGAGAGUGAGAUUACAGGAAGAGACCACCUCAUCUUCACACUGAGGAGAGUGAGAUUACAGGAAGAGACCACCUCAUCUUCACACUGAGGAGCGUGAGAUUACAGGAAGAGACCACCUCAUCUUUACACUGAGAUUGCAGGAAGAGACCACCUCAUCUUCACAUGGAGGAGAGUGAGAUUACAGGAAGAGGAGAUGACUGAACUGAUCCCUUCAUUCUGAAGCAGGAGACUGAACUCAUCCCUUCUUUCUGAAGCAGUAGACUGAACUCAUCCCUUCAUUCUGAAGCAGGAGACUGAACUCAUCCCUUCAUUCUGAAGCAGUAGACUGAACUCAUCCCUUCACUCUGAAGCAGUAGACUGAACUCAUCCCUUCUUUCUGAAGCAGUAGACUGAACUCAUCCCUUCAUUCUGAAGCAGUAGACUGAACUCAUCCCUUCAUUCUGAAGCAGUAGACUGAACUCAUCCCUUCAUUCUGAAGCAGGAGACUGAACUCAUCCCUUCAUUCUGAAGCAGGAGACUGAACUCAUCCCUUCAUUCUGAAGCAGUAGACUGAACUCAUCCCUUCAUUCUGAAGCAGUAGACUGAACUCAUCCCUUCAUUCUGAAGCAGGAGACUGAACUCAUCCCUUCAUUCUGAAGCAGUAGACUGAACUCAUCCCUUCAUUCUGAAGCAGUAGACUGAACUCAUCCCUUCAUUCUGAAGCAGUAGACUGAACUCAUCCCUUCAUUCUGAAGCAGUAGACUGAACUCAUCCCUUCAUUCUGAAGCAGGAGACUGAACUCUGGGGAUCAAACACUGGGGUUUAAAGUAACUAUAGUUUCUAUGAAAUGUGACCUAUAAUUAAUUACGAUAUGAGUGAAAUAGUCUUCCUUCUUAAUAGUUUUAUUUAAAUAUGUUAAAAAGCAACUUUUCUGUGUUGUAAUGGUGUGGGAGUAUAUGGUCAUUGAAAAUAUUCACGCAAGAACGCUGAUUGGAUAUAGCAAAGCUUUUCUCUUUAAACUUUCUGUUUUUAGAUACAAGUGUGAGGUAAGGUUUUUAAUGUGUUUUGUCUCCAAUUUAUGCUCUGGCCACAAAUACAACGAUAGGAUGAGUCAACAACAUUAUUUGGGUUUAAGUUAACAGAAUAUGAACUUUUUUUUUUCUUUUUCCGCUGGACAGUUACUUGAAGCCCAUGGAAAGCCUUAGGCCGGACCAGCCGGUUCUGCAGUGGAAAGCCUCAGGCCGGACCGACUGGUUCUGCAGUGGAAAGCCUUAGGCCGGACCAGCCGGUUCUGCAGUGGAAAGCCUCAGGCCGGACCGACUGGUUCUGCAGUGGAAAGCCUCAGGCCGGACCGACUGGUUCUGCAGUGGAAAGCCUUAGGCCGGACCAGCCGGUUCUGCAUUGGAAAGCCUCAGGCCGGACCGACUGGUUCUGCAUUGGAAAGCCUCAGGCCGGACCAGCCGGUUCUGCGGUGGAAAGCCUCAGGCCGGACCGACUGGUUCUGCAGUGGAAAGCCUUAGGCCGGACCAGCCGGUUCUGUGGUGGAAAGCCUCAGGCCGGACCAGCCGGUUCUGCAGUGGAAAGACCAACAACUGUGUCACUCAGCUGCCAGGCUUGAGAACAAGACCAUCCACUGUAGAGAGACAUGAUCAGACUGAGCUGAGAACCAUCAGCUGUAGAGAGACAUGAUCAGACUGAGCUGAGACCAUCAGCUGUAGAGAGACAUGAUCAGACUGAGCUGAGACCAUCAGCUGUAGAGAGACAUGAUCAGACUGAGCUGAGAACUAUCAGCUGUAGAGAGACAUGAUCAGACUGAGCUGAGAACCAGACCCUGAACCAUUUCAGUUGUGUGUUCCAGCCUUGCUCAGCUGCAGAGAUGGUGGCUACACACUAGGUACAGAUGGCCGUCUUACACUUGACUAACUUGAACACCCGCCGUGAGUGGUAUGGUCUGGAAAGUGUGUACCACAACCCAGCCGCUCUAAUGGUGGCUGUUAGAACCGUGGCACAGAGGAGAAGGAAAACAACAUAUGCUGCUGACAGGGUUUGGGUCCAUUUCAAUUCCAGUUCAUUCAAGAAGCACACUGAAAUUCGAAUUCUCUUUUUAGGUUUUCAAUUAGGAAAAUGUGGAAUUUGAAUUUUGUUUACUUUCUGAAUUGAAAUGAAAUUGACCCCAACCCUGUUUGUUGGACUGAUGUCCUAUUCAAAUCCUAGCACCUCUUAUUGGACAAUGUGUUCUUGACUUGCUGAUAAACAGAUGAAGGAAUGGACUCGUCGCUCUUGUGUUCUUGUCCUGAUAUUUGUGGCAUCAUUCCUGUCAGAUAUACAAUAUACACCUGUUGAAAUCACCAGAGGAGGUCUUUGUAAACCUCAUGUUGCCUCUGAGCUGAACUCUGAAGUGAUUAACUUGUGAUAUGAUUUGCCUAAGAUGUUAUGAUACAGUGCCUUGCCAAACUAUUCAUCCCCUUGCUGUUUUCCCCCUAUUUUGUUGCAUUACAACCUGUAAUUUAAAUGGAUUUGUGUUUGUAAUGGACAAAAUAGUGAAAUAAAAAAAAUCACUUGAAUUCUAAAAUAU